AUGAGCAGUUUCUGGAUUUUACUUUUGAUCCUCAGCGCCAUGUACACAGUCCAUCCUGGUAGACACUGGGUUACUGCACAAUCUCCAACAAAGCCACCAGUUUAUCAGCCUGAUAAAGAGCUCAGUGUGAAUAUCGGAGACUCGGCGACUCUACAGUGUUGUAUUUCUGAAAAUGUAGUUGGAAUAAUUACAUGGUUUAAGCAACCAAAGAGAGAAAAACCUCAGAUUGUAGUUACAGUGUAUAUAAGUGCUGGAGAAACUUUUCACACUGGAUUCCAAGAGUCUCAUUUUCGAAUAGAAAGAUCUUCAAACUGCUGCAAUAUCACAAUUUUAAGCGUCACUCAGUCUGAUGAAGCCAUGUACUACUGUGCAGUGACGAUAUACAAGCUUGUGUUUGGAGAUGGAACUUAUUUACAAAUUAAAGGUGAUCAUGUUACUAUUGCAUCAGAAACAUCUAAAGCAGCUCUGUGUGAUCAUUCAGUGGUGUGUGAACCAACACUGCAUGGAAACAACACUAACACCAACACACAACACAACACAGUGAUCGGUUUGGGAUCGGCUUUGGGUUUGUGCGCACUUCUGAUUUUCUGUCUCACUUAUUUCAUACUGAGGAGAAGAAAAGUAAAUGCUUCUAUUGAAGAUUCUCCAGGAACAAAGCAGGAAAUUGAAGCUGAAAUACUGAAUUACGCAGCUCUAAAAUUCUCCAAGAAGAAAGUCAAAGCUGCAGAAAGAAAAACUGGAUCAUCAGAUGAGUGUGUGUACUCGAGUGUGAAUACAACUGUAAGAUAUAAGAUAUAAGAUAUAACGUAGAUGAUUCAUAACACAGUGAAACACACGAGAAAAACAAUGAUCAUGUUUUAGCAAAUUAAAUAUAUUGACUACAUGGAAAUUUAUUCCAGAUUUUCAUUUUAAAAGUCUAAUUACAACAAGAUUAUUAAAUAUUUUAUCCUAAUUUAAAACUAAUUAUGAGUCAGUAAAGUCUAUAUAAGUGAAAGUGACGUGACAUAUGGUUAAGUACGGUGACCCAUACUCAGAAUUCGUUCUCUGCAUUUGACCCAUCCAAAGUGCACACACACAGCCGU